AACCUGUUUCCCCACUUAGCAUGAAGUUCCAUGAUGAUAAGUUGCUCUUCUGGAGUGAUGUUUCCCCGUCGUACGUCGGGGCGGAGAUAGUUCAGCCACCGGAGCCGGCAACUUUUCCCGAUUUGGCGAGAGAAUUCCAAACACCAUCGCCGUGGUUGGCGAUAUAGUUGAUAAGAAUAAGAUCUUCUUCCAUCGUCCAUGGUCCUUUUCUCACUUCUGCUUCUGCUGAUGAUCCCGAACCUCCACUACUUCCUCCUCCUCUUUUCUCCAUUUUUUUUGUUAUUAUUCUUUAUUUACUUUAUUAUAUACGAUCAAGUUUUUAAAUAUAUUUUAUAGAUUUAGAGAGAGAGGAAUAUAAAAAAAAAAGAGUGAGAGAAUAAGAGAGAAAGAUGUGGGUGAGUUGAUAUUGAAGGUUGUGGAAGGUGAGGUACUGCUUUUAUAGAGACUAAA